GCACUUCGCACGGCCGGACUUACACCUUGCGAUCUUCAUUACGAACUACAUUGCCAUGGUACCCGCCGCAAACCUCGUUGGAUUCGCAGGCCAAGAGUUCUCGCGCAAGCUCCCUGCCGCGAUUGGUGUGAUCGUUGAAACGACGUUUGGCUCCGUUGUUGAGAUCAUUUUAUUCAUGGUAUUGUUGAAGACGGGAGAUGGGAAUGUCCAGGUCAUCCGCGCCGCCAUUCUUGGUUCCAUUCUGGCUAACAUGCUUCUAUGCAUGGGGGCAUGUUUCCUUGUUGGCGGCCUGAAGCGCGAUGAACAGGAGUUUCACCCAGCUAUUUCCGAAGUGGGAAGUGGAUUGAUGCUAGUAGCAGGAAUGGGACUUAUACUCCCCGCCGUCUACUUUGCUGCACUCGACAAGAGGACGGAUCUAGAGCUAGGACCAGGCGAGAUAGGCUCUGAGACGCUGAAAAUCUCGCGCGCAGUGGCGAUCAUCCUGCUGGUAGGGUAUCUGAUAUACCUCUGGUUCCAGACAAAGAGUCACGACUCGUUGUUCACGGAAAUCUACGAGCACGACGACCACAGAGAUGCCGACCGCCAUAAGGAUCUCGCAAAGGACAAGCUCACCUUGACAGAAAGUAUUCUCGCCAUCGCCAUUGGCUUGGCAUGUGUUUCGAUGAUUGCCGUUUUCCUGGUUCUUCAGAUUCCGUACAUGGUGGAAGAACGACAUAUUAGCGAUGCUUUCGUGGGCUUGAUCCUCGUCCCACUUGUUGAGAAAAUAGCAGAACACCUCACGUCUGUGGACGAAGCUUGGGACAACCAGAUGAACUUUGCGAUUGCGCAUGUACUGGGCGCCAGCAUCCAGACAGCGUUGCUCAACACGCCUUUGGUCGUGAUCGUCGGUUGGGGCAUUGGUGUGGGAAUGGACCUGAAGUUCGAGAUCUUUGACGCGGUGGCAUUGAUCUUGGCGAUUCUCGUCAUGGGAUCGUUCCUCAGAGAUGGGAAGUCGAACUAUCUUGAAGGAGUGCUCUGCAUAAUGGUGUAUAUCAUUAUUGCCAUUUGUGCAUUCUUCUAUCCGGACCCGCCGCAUCAUGGAGGAGGCCAUGGGGGAGGCAAUGGGGGAGGCCAUGGGGAAGGCCAUUAAGGAGCUUCUUUACAGAUUGGGAAUGCGUUGGCCAGCUUUGCGGCAGCUCAUAGCGAAGGAGUCCGUUUCACAACUGAUUAUAUGGGAAACUUUUAGAGAAUAGAUACCAAUUCAUUUUUUCGAACAGAGAA